UGUAUACUGUGCCGUAUGGUUUUAUAGAAGUGUCUGAUCUGGUCUGAUCUUUAUACUUAAAACGAAAUAGAUAUAUGUUUGAAAUUUGAUGAGAAGGAAAGUUCUAGUGCAGCAAUAAAAAAGAAAUCUUUUGUUGAUAAGUGUCGCUGUUAUAGACAGUAUGAAAAAAUAACAUCAAAUCGAAGUUUGAUAACGUGUUUUCGACAUUGCCGCACAAAUUGGUGUGGAAAAUAUCAAUGCUCAGAAAAGAUCUAGCUUAUUCUCGAGACGAGGUCAUCCAGAAGAGAUAGAAAGACAAUGUUUGAUUGUACAGAGACCUUCAUUAUUUACAUUUCGUUAAGGAAAUCAAGAUCUCGCGCGCUUUAAAUUGCGAUUCACAAUCGUAGCAUCUUGUUUCCGAAGACACGGAUAAGCAAGAGAAGAGGAAGACGAAUUCGCGCGAUUUCCAUUUUAUCUUUAACGAGGAUGUCCGACAGCAUGGAACGAGAGAAAAAUGAGAGGUUAAGCGCAAGGGAAAUUGAGGAGGAGAAAAUGAAACGCGAGCUGACGGGUAUUGGGAUAUAUGAGCCAGGGAUUACAUACAAACAAAUGAAAAGAUUACUCGAAUUUGUCAAUGAGUCUCAAGAUACAUCAAACAUUGUUUCCAAUAAUAAAAAUACACAGGAGACAACCCAACAUUCCGAUAACGAGUGCCUAUCAGAUAUUAAAUCUGACGUAGUGCAGCAAGAAGUGACUUUGCAGGAGUGUACAGAAAUGCCAAGACCAUCAUAUUCUUACAAACUAAAUCGUACGUCUCCGACUAUGCAAGAACGUAAGACCAUUCAAUAUAUCAACAAUCCGGAAUCUUCGCCCCUUUUCGAAGCGCGGAACCCUAUGUAUAGGCGUAAGAGCACUGACAGCGACGAUCUAUUCGAGAAACAAUACGAUAUCACCAAUUCCACGCACAGUACAAAUCGAUAUCUCUCAUUGAGAUUGGAAAACGUUUCGCGAGAGUGCCAAAACACGGUGGAAAGAAAAAUGGCGCAAGACGCGCAGAGUGCAGUUAUCCAGAAGCUGGAAAGAUGGCGAUUGAAUCCGUUCGAUGUUUGCAUCAACGAAAGCGACGUGCCUUUGCGACAACCAAAUCGAUCUUUGGCUCGGGAACGUGUGCCGUUUGACCAUUGCAAAGAGGCGUACAUGUCCGAUCAGUGCGACCAAAUAAUACGGUCCGUGAGCCAGCAUUUGAAGGAAAUGGCAGACUUGUGGUACAGUUGGCGCCCCAUUAUCAAUCCGAUAUUUCAAUGGGGGUCACCCAUUCAGGUGGGUACCUCCCUACAAUCCCUCCCAUAUCGUUCGUAUCGCUAACGAGCGUAAAAUACUCUGCUUUUUGAAGAAUGAAAGAAUUAUCUAGUAAGCGUUUUUCUAACACGGUCGUCAUUAUACAAUUCGGUAUUGCCGAAUAAUUUAUAUGCAACAAUUCUUUUAGGCAUAAGAUUUUAUAUUUGCUUAGGCAUAUAUUAUGAAAAGAAUAUUCACUUUCUAUGUCGUUUUGAUAUAUUUAAACAAUCUUCAAAAUAGGAGGAUUUACACAAGGCCCAAUUUUGGCUCUCUUUGUAUUUCACUUUUUAUUACUUUACAGAAACUAUAUUAUUACAAAAAAUAUUAAAUCUUUAGUGGUUUUAACAAAUGAUUGCAUUUAUGAUGAAUUAUUUAUUCAUUAAAAAUUGUAUUUAUUGGUUUUAUAUGCCAUAUAAUUGCCAUUUAUUGGUUUUCACGCCAUCGUUUGCAAAAAAAAACGUUUUAAAUAUUUAAAUAUUUUGUAUGUAUCUACUAGAAUAUAUCAGAAUAUUUUACAGUAAAAUUUAUAUCUGAAAAAUUAUGUGAUAUAUAAGGGUCCUUCAAAAAUAUGGAAACGAUCAAAUAACUCGCCAGGGAUGCAUUUUAGAAAGAAAAUGUUACAAUGGUUGUUGGAUUUAAAAAAACCUACUUAAUGAUUAAAGCCCAUUCGGGCCCAAACUUGGAGCUUAUGAAAACCAAGUAGAUUUUUUUAAAUGGUAAUACCAGUUUUUUAUGACUGAUUCGUGUUCCUGGUGAUUUUUCCUUUCCAAAUAUGUAGCUUAAUCAAUUAUCAGGCCUCAAAUUUGGGGCUUACUAGAUCUAGAUCCAAAGGCAGAAGGCGGUCGAAUAACUCGUGAGUAAUGCAUUUUAGAAAGAAAAUGGCCUUAAUCAUUAUUAGAGUUUUUGAAACCCGACUUCUUCUGUAACAUUUUCUUUCUAAAAUGCAUUCCUGAGUUAUUUGACUGUUUCCUGUUUAUUUUUAAAAGAUCCUGUAUAUAUAU